AUGAAAUUCCACAAUCACACGGUAUUCCUCGACAAUCAUCGACAGCAACUUAUCACCCAAGUAACUGACUUGGAGAAAAUGGUUGCAGCUCUUACAGCAGAAAUGAAAGAGCUUGUUGAGGACUACCGCCAAAAUAUCGAAGCCCAGGUAACCACCUUGGACGAACAUGAUGUGGAAAUUCGCAUGACGGGAAGGAAGGCCAGGCAGGGUGGUGACAAUGUCGCAGACACGGAUGAUGACAAUGAAGAGCCGUCAUUUGGUCGCAAGGGUAAGGGCGUAAAGAUUGACCAGCCAGAGAAAUAUGGCAGCAACAAGGAUGGAGUCAAUCUCGAUGAUUGGCUGGAACAAGUCAUGCUCUGGUUGAAAUAUACCAGACAUACUAAAGACGAGUCCAAAAUUAUGUCCACCCUCUUGCUCCUGAAGGGAGGAGCACACAAAUCCAUGCAACAUUGGAUCACUGAAAUAAAUGAAAAUAACAAGGCACCAGGAACUUGGGUGGAGUUCAUCACUGAGCUCUGCACGGCCUACGAAUCAAUAGAUAAAGACAAAAAGAAGUGA